AUGCAUGCGGGAAUUAUUCGAGCAUUCAAGGCACACUACCAACAGUAUUUAGUGAGGUCGUUUCUCAAAUGUGUUGAAGAUGGCAAACUGCAAGUGCUGAAUCUACGACAGGCGUUAAGAUUCGUAAAGCAAGCGUGGGGUGAGGUGACAUGUGUGACGAUCCGCAACUGUUACCGGCAUGUCAAUAUUCUACCUAGUUCAGAGACUGAAGCGCAGGAUGAUGAAGAUGACGACAUGCCAUUAUCUGAGUUACUUGAGUUGUUAAACGCAUAUAACGAGUCUGGUGCUGAUAAUGACCAAUCGUCUGCUUCGACGGCUGAGCAGUACGUUGACGUAGACAGCCAGGAAGAGACAGGCCAGUCACUUUCCAAUGAUGACAUUCUGGAUAUUGUGUGUGAUUCGAAAGACGCAGAUAAUCCAAGUGAUGAUGAUGAUAAUGAGCCAGCUCCUGUGCCAGCCCCUUCAGCAAAGGAAGCCAAGACAAACAUUGAAUCGCUCGUAAGGUAUUUUGAGACGAUGGGUGAUGAAAAAAACUUGGAACUCGUUCUCAGAAUGCAAAACUCGUUUGCACCAAACUGUUCAAUCAGACAACAAGCUAUUACGAAGUACUUUGUGAACCACUGA